AUGGUUUCCCAAGUUGCCUCUAAAGCUGAAUUCCAAGAAGCACUCAAGCACGACGGUUUGGUCGUCGUUGACUUCUUCGCCACGUGGUGUGGUCCUUGUAAGAUGAUUGCUCCAUUGUUGGACAAAUUCUCCAAGGAGUACACUUCUGCCAAGUUUGUCAAGGUCGACGUCGACGAGGUUGGUGAGGUUGCUCAGGAGUACGAGAUCUCCUCCAUGCCAACCAUCAUUUUCUUCAAGAACGGUGAGGUUGUGCAGAAGGUCAUUGGUGCCAACCCUAAUGCCUUGAAGCAGGCUUUGGCUGCUAACGCCUAA